AUGGAAUAUGGAGUGGACCUCACGUAUAGUCAGGCAUACCACGGUUUACAAUUCACCAAGAAAUUUCUUUGGGGUGAUGACAUCAAGUCCUAUUCAGAUUUUGUUUGGUAUAAAGAUGUCAUUGAACAGUACAAUCCUGGACGUGUUGUCAAUUUUGAGUAUGAUAGUGUGACGCGUCGGUUCAAAAGGUUUUUUGUUGCUUUUGAAGCUUCCAUAAUUGGUUUCAACAAUUACUGCCGUGCGACGCUAUUUAUCGAUUGUACCUUUCUCAUUGGGAAGUUCAAAGGUGGUCUUAUGGUUGCUUGCGGCAAAACUGGUAACCAAGAGAUCUAUCCAGUUGCAUUUAGAAUUGUUCCUUGUGAAAAUUGUGAGAGUUGGCAAUGGUUCUUAACCAAUUUGAAGGGUAUUAUCCGUGAAGAUCGUCUACUGACCAUCAUAUCAGAUCGUGGAAUCAGACUUUUGAAGCAUAGUAUGAGUAAUCUAAAGUUGGAUUCAGUGGUUUCUUGGAUGAUGAAGAUUCCAUUCGAGAAUUGGGAUGCUCAUUCAUUUCUAGAGAAAGGUAGGCAUGAUAAGCCGCUUCCAGCACUUGAGGUUGUCGAUGUUAUUCGUGCUAAGGUAAUUGAGCAGAAUUACAAGAGGUUAUUGGAGUCUAAAAAGUGGACUACAAGGCUUACUCCUCGUAUGCAAGCAAGGUUUAACAAGAGGAUAACCGACUGCUGUUCAUACAAGUUUCGGAGAUCAAGUGAGAAAGUAUUUGAGAUUCUUUCUCCAACAGGAAAGCAUACUGUCGACUUGGAUUUUAGAACUUGCAGCUGCAAAUGGUGGCAAAAACAUAGCUUUCCUCGCACUCAUACAAUGAAAGCCAUGUUGCAGAUUGGAAAUGAUGAACCGUACAACUACAUUAGCCCUUACUAUACUUCUGACUACUAUAGAAGGUUGUACUCUCGACCCAUAUAUCCUAUUCCGGUCUCUGAGAAGCCACCUGGAAUUAAUGAAAAGGGGUAUGUUUUGCCUCCCAAUGGCGGUCGAGAAUAA